GCUAUUGGCCGUGCACAGGAGGAAAGCUGCUGCUUUGAAAGAAAAAUGGGCUGGACGGAUUGGCGUACCCUCAUUAAGCUGGGAGGGGUCUCAAAACUGGUAUUUGUGAGCAGCUGCUGGUAUGUCAGGCUUGGAAAGGACACCGUAAGCCUAAAACUGUCUCAGCAGUGCUUCGCUGACCUCACCCAAGUUCCAAGCCCUACUCUGCCUCACGCUUUUUUCUUGAGCCUCAGAGCUAAAGAGCUCCUGAGUUCUUUCCUAUUGGCUGGGAAGGCCAACUGAAGUUCCCUUGCCCAUGUUAGGAGGUGUACGCCUCCUGAACUAAAGAUAGACACAGCUGGCCCUUCCAGGCAGCUAAAAGCCUUCAGACUGAGAGGUGUUCCACCACUCGGCAGCCAGACUCCUUGAAAUACCCUUUCAGUAAUUCUACUAACACCUCCAUGUCUCUACUCUGCCGUAACAAAGGCUGUGGGCAGCACUUUGAUCCCAACACCAACCUUCCUGAUUCCUGUUGCUACCACCCUGGAGUCCCAAUCUUCCAUGAUGCACUUAAGGGUUGGUCCUGCUGCCGGAAGCGAACUGUAGAUUUCUCUGAGUUCUUAAACAUCAAGGGCUGUUCCUUGGGACCACACUGUGCUGAGAAGCUCCCUGAGGUCCCUCAACCUGAGGGCCCCGCCACAAGCACGUCGCUGCAGGAGCAGAAACCUCUGAUGACCAUUCCGAAGUCUGCAGAGACUUUGCGCCGGGAGAGGCCCAAGUCAGAGCUGCCUCCAAAGCUGCUUCCGCUAAAUAUAUCCCAAGCCCUGGAAAUGGCACUGGAACAGAAGGAAUUAGACCAGGAACCGGGCGCAGGACUUGACAGUAGUCUGAUCCGGACUGGUUCCAGCUGCCAGAACCCAGGAUGUGACGCUAUUUACCAAGGCCCUGAGAGCGAUGCUACUCCCUGUACUUAUCACCCAGGAGCACCUCGAUUCCAUGAGGGGAUGAAGUCUUGGAGCUGUUGCGGCAUCCAGACCCUGGAUUUUGGGGCAUUCCUGGCACAGCCAGGAUGCAGAGUUGGAAGACAUGACUGGGGGAAGCAGCUAGCAGCGUCCUGCCGUCACGACUGGCACCAGACCGAUUCCUUAGUAGUGGUGACUGUGUAUGGCCAGAUUCCACUUCCUGCGUUCAACUGGGUGAAAGCCAGCCAGACCGAGCUUCAUGUCCACCUUGUCUUUGAUGGUAACCGUGUGUUUCAAGCACAGAUGAAGCUCUGGGGGGUCAUAAACGUGGAGCAGAGCUCUGUCUCCCUGAUGCCAUGUCGGGUUGAAAUCUCCCUGGUGAAGGCUGACCCAGGAUCCUGGGCCCAGCUGGAGCACCCCAGUGCACUAGCUGAGAAGGCUAAGGCAGGGGUUGGGUUAGAGAUGGAUGAGGAAGAGUCUGACGAUUCAGACGAUGAUCUGAGCUGGACAGAGGAGGAGGAAACUAUGGGGGAAUAGUGACGCCGGACAGGCGUGUCUAGACAGGACCCCACUGACUCUUAGGACCUCAGAGCCCAGGAUACGGUUGAGCAGCAGGAAGCUGAAGGAGGGGAGAACAAGUGUCCAAACCCCGCUGUUUUUCCCCUAAUAAAUCUUGUAUUCUGCAGUUUCA